CACUGAUACGCAUGCGCGGUGACCGUUUUUGGAUUUAUCGUCGCCGGUGCAUUCACAGUGCAGGAAAGUGGAACAGCAGUGAGGACAAUUUGUUUCUGUAACGUUAAUGUAAUUAAAAAUUUUACAGGAUAUAAACUUAAAUUGGUUCUGUCAAUACACCUAAGCUCGAGCCUUGACUCAUGGCACAGUUUGGGGGACAGAAGAACCCUCCGUGGGCGGCCCAGUUUGCUGCCACAGUGGUGUCCCAGCCCGGCCACUCAGGACAGUCCCUGGACCUCAACAGCAUACACUCUCUAGGUGUGCAACAGCCAUCUCUCUUGGGUGCGUCUCCCUCUAUGUACUCCCAGCAGUCAGCCCUGGCUGCAGCCUCCCUCAACUCCCAGUCGGCUGCCGCUAACUACCAGUUGUCCCAGCAGGCUUCAGCCCUGCAGCAGCAAGCCGCAGCCGCCGCCGCUGCAGCACUGCAACAGUCUCAAAUGAACUCGGCCCUGCAGCAGUAUCAGCAGCAACAGCAGCAGCAGCAGCAGCAACAACAACAACAACAGCAGCAGCAGCAACAGCAGCAGCAACAACCUCCUCCACAGCAGCCUCCUCCUCAACAGCUCUAUAAUGUACCUCAUCAGCAACAUCAACAACAUACAGACUCAUACGGGCAACAUCAACAACACACAGACUUAUACGGGCUCCCCCAGGCCCAGCAAGCGCUGAUUUCACAGAACUGGAGUGGUGAAAACAAAUUCCCGCCCCCUGUGGCUCUCCCCACCAGCCUCUCUCUGUCCAACCCCCAGCAGACAGCCCAGAUCACCGUGUCCUAUCCCACGCCUCGCUCUAGCCACCAGCAGCAGAGCCAGCAGCAGAGCCAGCAGCAAAGCCAGCCACAGAAGCAGCGCGUCUUCACCGGCGUGGUCAACAAGCUGCAUGACACCUUUGGCUUUGUGGACGAGGAUGUCUUCUUCCAGCUCAGUGCGGUGAAGGGGAAGACCCCCCAGGUGGGCGACAGGGUCCUAGUGGAGGCCGUGUAUAACCCCAACAUGCCCUUCAAAUGGAAUGCCCAGCGCAUUCAGACCUUACCUCAGCUGGCCAACCAAUCGAGUCAGCCUGGAGGCCCCAACAUGAUGAAACCGGGUCCCAACAUGCCCCAGUCUCUGCCUCCCCCCAACACUUUCAGUGUACAGGCCCAGGGCCCCCCUCCCCUGCUCCAGGCCCAGUUCUCUGCUGCCUCCCUGGCCCCGCUCCUCCUGAACCCCCCUCCGCCCCUGCUGUCACAGCCACCACCCAAAGGUCUGCUCCAGCCCCCAAGGAGGAUGAUGCCUCAGCCAGUCAGGCGCCUGGACCCUUCCCCCCGCUUCCCCAACCGCAACGACCGCCCUGAACUCAUCCUCAGGACCAAGGAUGAACGCAGUCGUGAAAGAGACCGUGAGCGCAGGAGGUCCAGAGAGCGCUCUCCCACACGUAAACGCUCCAGGGACCGUUCUCCGAGACGUGACCGCUCCCCCCGCCGCCCUCGUAGGGUGGUGCCUCGCUAUACUGUCCAGUUCUCCAAGUUCAGCCUGGACGGUUCUAACUGUGACAUGAUGGAGCUGAGGAGACGCUACCAGAGCCUGUACAUCCCCAGUGACUUCUUUAAUGCUGUGUUCACCUGGGUGGAUGGCUUCCCCCUUCAACGACCCUUCCAGUUCGGCAACUACUGUAACUUCCACAUCAUGCACAAGGAGGUGGACUCUCUGGUCAAGAACACUGCUGUGCUGGACCCACCUGAUGCCAACCACACAUACAGUGCUAAGGUGAUGUUGCUGGCCAACCCCAGUCUAGAGGAGCUCUACCAUAAGUCCUGUGCUCUGGCUGAGGACCCCCAAGAACUUAGAGACGCUUUCCAGCACCCUGCCCGCCUCAUCAAGUUCCUGGUGGGGAUGCGGGGUAAGGACGAGGCUAUGGCCAUCGGGGGCCACUGGUCCCCCUCCCUGGAUGGAGUGGACCCUGAGAAGGACCCGGCUGUGCUCAUAAAGACAGCCAUACGCUGUUGUAAGGCCCUCACAGGCAUAGACCUGAGUCUCUGCACUCAGUGGUAUCGUUUUGCAGAGAUUCGCUAUCAUCGCCCUGAGGAGACUCACAAGGGGCGGACAGUGCCCGCACAUGUGGAGACAGUGGUUUUGUUUCUCCCGGAUGUUUGGCAUUGUCUUCCUACCCGCUCAGAGUGGGAGGGGCUGUCGCGGGGACUCCGGGAGCAGCUGGCUGAGAAGCUGUCCGCCGAGAGGAAGGAGGCUGAUGGAGAACAGGAGGAAGAGGAGAAGGAUGAAGAAGAUUCGAAGGAGGUGACCACUCCGACACACUGGGCUAAGCUUGAUCCGAAAUCAAUGAAGGUGAAUGACCUUCGUAAGGAGUUAGAGUCCCGCUCCCUGAGCUCUAAGGGGUUAAAGUCCCAGCUGAUUGCCCGUCUCACCAAGCAGUUGAAGGUGGAAGAGCAGGUGGAGGAGGCCAAGGAGCCCGAGUUACCGGAGAGCCAGGCCCCGGAGGAGGAGGCGCCUCAACUUAUGGAGGAGGACAGAGAGGAGGAGGAAAGGAAGAAGCAGGAGGAGUUGGAGCGCCAGCGCAGAGAGAAGCGGUACGUCCUGCCAGAUGAGCCCACCAUCAUCGUUCACCCCAACUGGGCGGCCAAGAGCGGAAAGUUUGACUGCAGCGUCAUGUCUCUGAGCGUGCUGCUGGACUACAGACUGGAGGACAACAAGGAACACUCCUUCGAGGUGUCUCUGUUCGCGGAGCUGUUUAAUGAGAUGCUACAGAGAGACUUUGGCUACAGGAUUUUCAAGGCCCUGGCCUCUGUGCCCUGCAAGGAUGACAAGAAAGACAAGAAGGUGAAGGCCAAGAAAGAGGCGGGGCAGAAAGAGGCGGGGCAGAAAGAGGCGGGGCAGAAAGAGGCGGGGCAGAAAGAGGCGGGGCAGAAAGAGGCGGGGCAGAAAGAGGCGGGGCAGAAAGAGGCGGGGCAGAAAGAGGCGGGGCAGAAGGGGGAAGUGAAGAAAGGCGAGGAGGAGAACGGAGAGCCGGCGAUGAAGAAGGCAAAGGAAGAGGAACAGGAGAGGAAGAAGGAGGGCGAGGAGGAGGGCGAGAAGGAGGGCGAGGAGGGGGGUGAGAAGGAGGGUGAGAAGGAAGAGAAGGAGGUGCUGAAAAAGGAGGAGUCUAUAGAGGAGAAGGAGGAGGAUGAGAGCAGCAACACCAAUGCUGAGGAGUACGACCCUCUUGAGGCCGAAGACGACGACGAUGAAGAUGAUAAAGACGAUGAGGACUCUAACGACAGGGACAGGAGAGACGACAGGAAGUCCAAAGAGGGGUCCUCUAAAGACAAGGAGAAGAAGCAGAUGGUGACCUACAACAAGGACCUGCUCAUGGCCUUUGUCUACUUUGACCAGAGCCACUGUGGAUACCUACUGGAGAAAGACCUAGAGGACAUCAUGUACACUCUGGGGUUACAUCUGUCUAGAGCCCAGGUAAAGAAGUUGUUGAACAAGCCAGUGGUAAGAGAGUCGUGUUACUACCGUAAACUAACAGACGCAGCUAAAGACGAGGCGACUCCUUCCUUCAGUGAAGGCCUGCUGGACAACCUGCUAGGUAACCGUGCGUUGCUGCCCAUGUUUGUCUCUCGUGGCCAGGCAGCGCUAGCAGAGGCUAGUGAGUCAGGAGGAGGCAGCAGUCUGAUAGUGUAUAAUGGAGCCAUGGUAGAUGUGGGCAGCAUGAUGCAGAAACUGGACAAGAGUGAGAAGGCCAGGGAGGAGAUUGAGCAGAAACUAAUGGUGCAGGACUCCAAAAUGGUCGAGGACACCAAGCAGAUCCUCCAGCUGGUAUCUGCUAAUAGAGUCCUGUCUAAAGAUCUGGAGGAGGUGAAGGGAACCCUGGGCCAGACAGAGAACAACCUCAGGACCACAGAGGAACAGAACACGGUCUACCACAACCAGCUUAGCAAGACACUUAACAACCUGGGCAAUGCCAUGAAUGAACUUCAGGGAGUCCUCAAGAAGGAGGUUCCCACAGAAGCCACCCCUGACCAAAUAUCCCAAACAACCAAUGGUUCAGAUGAAUUAAUGAAGGAGUUGGACAAUGAAGGUUGUGCAACAGGGAUGAUGAUGGUGGUGAUGAAUUCCUGGAUGAGAGAAAAACUUGAGAAAUGAGCCCAAAGCAGCCUAGUGCAUUUAAUUUUUCUAUUGAAUCUUGACUCUGGUUGUCCUUUGCAGAAUUAAAGUGGUACAUUUUAUUGUU